CGGUACUGCUUUUUCUGACCACAACUUAUUAGAGAACCACUGUGGAUAUAUUGUUGCUGCUCUUAGAGCAGAAAGUCUUGACCUUGUACAACCAUGUUUUAGUAACUGGGAGAUGUUCCAGUUUGGAAAGUACAAUGUGGACAUCAUAGAGAUGCUGAGUGGACACCAGGCCCAUCAGUUUAAAGGUCUUGGGUUAGAUCGACAACUUCAACACCAACAGCAAGUGCAAAUUCACCAACACCAGUUACAGCAACAGCAGCCAGGUGAGACAUCUGGGUCAAUUUUGUCUGGACUUGGCUUAGGCCCACUACAAGGAUCUAGAGGCAGUGCCUUUUCGGACUCUGCAUCAUUUUUUGCAAAAAUGAGUGCACCUCCCCCACCCCUACAGCAACAAUCCCUUUCUUCAUCCUCUCAAAGUUUGAGAAAAUCAAGCAAAAUGUCUGGUAGCAGCAGUGGAAGUCAUGUUACUGGAUAUCCCCAAUUUUUGCGUUCUUUUCAUUCAACUGAGGCAGUCCUUGCACAAGAGCAGUUGCAUUCAGGAGUAGGGCGAUUUGAUAAUUUUACCAGCAGUAGUGGAAGUGGAAAUACAGGGGGAAUUGGAGGACUGGUUUCAUCUGUUCCACCACCACCCCCAUCGCAUCCAGGCCUAUCAGUACCCCAAGCAUCCCCUGGGCCAUCCUCCUCCUCUCCAUCAUCUUCAAGUUCUGUUUCAACCUCUAUUAACCCUCCCAGCAGUAGCACAGUAACUUCCUUGAGCCAUCAGUUGGCAGGAUCUCAGUCUGAUCCCAGGAGCCUACACCAACAGUUUAGCUGCAUGUUAGCGGCAAAUCAGUAUUUUCUUUCUGGAGUACCAGCCAAUUCCAGUCUAGAACAAUUUUUAGUUCAUCAAGGCAGUCACAACCAUCUUGGUCUUGGUCUGGGCCAUGCUGCAGGAGAAACAAGCUCAGCUCUUGCGCCACCCCCUGCUCUUCAUUCUUCACACACUCAUGGUCACUCAACCACUCUAUCACAGUCACAACAACCACCACCACAACAGCAGCAUCUGCCACCUCACACUUUGUCUCACCCACAUCCACACCACCCACUGCACUCCUCCCAGCCCUCUUCACUUGGAAGUUUUGACUUUCAAGGAAUCCCAGUGCUCUCCUCCAACCAGUUUGCAUCUCUGAUGCAGCAGGAAGCUGGUUUACCACUUCCUCUUCCUCUACAACUUUCCUUGUCCAAGGAGGAGGGAAAAGGUGAUAGUACUGCUGGAGGAAGUGGAGGUGGUGGUAGGAGAAAGAAAGCAAUGGUUGGUUACCUGCCACAGAGAAAGACUGAAAGCAACAGUAACAGCCAAAGCUCUACAAACCCUAACUCCCACAGUAGCACUUCAGGGGGACUCAACCAGGAUAAUAUGCCGGGCUUGGAUGGAACCUCCUCCACUUCUAUUGUCUCAUCUUCUUCCUUAGCAUCUUCUACUAUGGCAGCAUCAGUCUUGGUGGCAAAUGACACUAAAACAGACAACCAUGGUUCCAUGCCACCUCAGUCUCAGCCUGAACAAGAAGUACUUUAUCAUUGCGGAGAGUGUGGUAAAAAUUUUACACAUCUCUCUAGUCUGCGAAGGCACCUACGUAGUCAUGAAUUAACCACAGCUGGCACAAGUGGCACGAGAAGUAACAUUGUAAACCCUGUUCUGCAUCCUGCUGAUCCAAGUAUUCCUCACGCUACUCAAGAUGGCUCAGCCUCAUCUUCUUGUGCCAGUCCUGAUAAAAAUUUUCAUUGCUCUGAGUGUGGCAAAGGUUUCAAGAAAAAAGGGCACCUCCUUCAGCAUGGUGUCAUCCACUCUGGGGCUCGGCCCUAUGCCUGCACUACUUGUAGUCGUGCUUUUAAUCGUCGUGAGUCACUCACCCGCCAUGAAAAGAUCCAUGAAGAGAAACCAUUCCAUUGUCUAGCUUGUGGACGCUGUUUUCGGGAAAGUACGUCCCUUUUAAACCAUGCAGCCUCAGGUACAUGUGGCAAGUCGGGACGUGCACCAAGAUCUAAGCAUGAAAGUAAUAUAGUUGAAGGCAAGAACAAUAAAACAGGGGGCUCCCAUGAUGGAAUAGCAACUAAUGCAGCGGGUUCUUACCGGAGUGAUGGUUUCAGUGAUGACUACAAGGGCCAGCGGUCUCAAGUUAACAUGUAUUCUGCAACAUCCUCAUUUGGUGGCAGCAUGACAGGGCCUGCACUUAGGAAGGCACCAUUAGCUCCUACACUGCACCCACAAAGCCAAACGCAGCAGCAGCAUCAACAGCCACAUGUCCCCCUUUCAUCUCUGUUAGAUGAUUCAGAAGAUGAUGUCACUAGUUCUGUAAACAAUGCCAUUUCUGCCAUCACUGCUGCAGCUGCAAAUUGUAUGAGUGGUGAUCUUACCCACAAUGGAGGUAGAGGGGAUGAUCGAAGGGAUAUCAUUGGUGGAUUACUUGGAGGUCUAGGUCUAGGGCCCCUUGGCUCAACUAGUGGUCCAUCAUCCACAUCUGGUUUGGACAAGUCCUAUAGAGGUAGUGUUAACCAGAGUGCUGUGGCCCUCAACCAGCAACCAAAUCAGCAGACACCUGGUGGAAAGACCAAGCAUCCCCGUAAGCCCCGCAAAAAAAAAGAACCUGGUGCUAUUGGUGUUGAGGCCCCAAAAAGAAGACAGUCCUUUCACAGACCAGUUGGGCUUGAUGGGGAUGUUAGACCAUAUUUGUGCAGUGUUUGUGGUCGAGGAUUUGCAAGAAGAGAGACCUUGCGGAGGCAUGACAGAAUACACACUGGAGAAAAGCCUCACCACUGUACUGUGUGUGGCAAGUACUUCAGAGAGGCAUUUCAUCUUAGCAAGCACCACACAGUGCAUUCUGGACAGAAGAAUUACAAAUGCAUUCUGUGUGGAAAGGACUUUGGAUAUGCCCAGAGCCUUAAAAGACAUGGCAAGCUACACCAAAAAGGAGAACUGGAAGAAGUGCCAACAACACCCAGGGGGGACAACCUUAACAGCUAUUCAUCCACUGGUGGUAGUUUGAUACAGGGAGGUCAAGGCAUCUCUUCUUCAUUCUAUUCUUACUCUCAAGACAUCAAACCACAGACAUCAAACCCUCAGCCCACUCCUAGACUGUACACAUGUGCUAUAUGCUGGAAAUCAUUCCGCCAUCACUUUCACUUGACUGCACAUCACCAAUCAGUUCACGAGGGUGGUGGUGAAAAGCUGUUUUCUUGUGAAGUCUGUGGGAAGGCUUUUGCAUAUUCCAACAGCCUUACAAGACACAGGCUUUCUCAACAUGGCUUAACACGAACUAGCCAGGCAGUAGCUCAGAGGAGCACAGGUGAAGAUAACAGUGUUGGUGGUUCAAUAUCUGAAAGUGAAGCUGCUACAAAUGCUUUGCUUCAGCUUGCACCGCCAAAUGGCACACAUGGCGAACAACAGUCUCAUGGUGGAGUUCUUCAUGGCCAGCAGCCUCCUCCUCAACCUCAAGCUGGCUACUCCUCUCUCUUCUAUCUACCUGAUGACAAUGCAUCACACCCCCCUUCAUCUAAUGCCUCCACUUAUUCUUAUUCUCUGCCCUCAAGUUCCUCAGUGCCUUUACUUUGUAACCAUCAACAGCAACAUACUGGGGUAAAGGGUGAGCCCAUUUACCAAACGGGUCAUGGACAUACUUUUAAUCCAAACGCACCUGUACAUUCCCUUGCCUUGCAUCCAUCACAGCCACAUCAGCAGCACCAGAACCCCCAGCAACAUUCAGCAGAGAUUAAUUCUACGCACCAGCACACUUUUCGAAGCCAAGAGGAGCUGAGGAGACGGAAAAAAAAAAAAAGGCCGCAAGAGAGAGGGGAGAUAGGCUACAAAUGUAUGCCAGCUGCAAGAGUGGAGAGAGAACAGGUGGAACGCUCACUUGGGGAAAGGCAGAAAAAUGAGAGAAGGACACUACAAAGGAGACAGAGGAGAACAAUUCAUAGGAAGCAACAUACAAUUAAGAAGCGUAUGGCUGUGCUUGUGAGAAUCACACGAGGAAGUGGAGGAAGUGCCAUGUAUGAACUGGGCCUUCCAGGUGGACUUAAGCUUAACAGGCUGCAUUCUAUUAAAGUUCCUCUGAAACGGAAGUCCUGUCCUCUGUGCCUUGGAGCUACCUUUUCACAGCAGGCAGCACUUAAGGUUCAUAUAGCAGCUAGACACUGUCCAAGAGUGAGUGGCCUUCAGCAUCGUUUGAGAUGUCCAGUUUGUGGAAAACAGUCUCGCAAGUUCCUCUCAGCCCUCAUCCAUAGAAGCUCCCAUUUAGCUAACAGAGCAUUUUCUUGUAAACAUUGUGCCUGUCGUUUCUGGAAUGCAAUGCUCCUCACAAGACACAAGAAGGUGUGUCGAGGGAUGCUGGCUAGUUUUCGACAAGAGAGGGCUCUUUGUGUGAAAUUAGUGUUGGGAUCAACAUACAGGAGGUUUGAGUGUAAAGGGAACUCGUCAGCCCUGCAUAUGGAAUACAAUCACUGAGUCCUUGUCAUGAAACACAUUUUCAAAUGCUGUGUGAGGAGAGAUAUUGAGCGUUGGGAUUUUCCUGACAAAAACAUUGAUGUAUUUGACUGGAUAUCCCAUUUACUCAUUUAGUCGUUGACUGUGUGUGUUAUGAGAGCUUUUUCUUUUCUCUUAGUCAUAAUAAAUUUCCUCUCAUAACUUGCACCCCUAGAAAUGAACACUCAACAAACUCACAAAUAUAUCAAAUGCAUUUCAAAAGAAAGGUUCAGCCUUCCCAUCUAUCCAGUUCUAAACCAAUAUUCUCAGAGGAAACUCUUGUUCAUAAUGAAAUUAUCCUUUGCUCCUUUGAUGGCAAUAGAUAAAGUAUUAGUGAUUUGACUAAUAUUGUACUUUACCCUAACAGUAGGCUAUUGCUCACUGUUCCUCAACAUAUGCUCUGUAGAAUUAUUCUGUCUCUGAUAUAUAUUGUGUUGUUGGUGUUCACUUAGAGCAAGAGUGGAGUUGUGAAUUUGUUGAUGUAAAAAGUGCAUUCAGUAGCAGGAGAAAAGAAGGGUCCUACUAUGAAGAUAAGUGUUUUGUUCAAAAGAGUAUUUAAAUUACUGCAUGUUGGACAUAGCUGUCCAUGUAUUGAAAGGUCAGUUUGAUUGAUGACACUGUGAACUCUGAUAAAAACCUGUUGGCAAAACCAUUUGAAAAUGUAGAAAAUCUUAACUCUUAAUAGAGGAAUUAAAAGAAACGAAUACAUCUUACCAAGCUGAUUAACAAUUCACAAUAUCCAAGAUAAUUUAUUUUUAUGUAUUCACUGUUUGGAAUGAAAACUAGCAUUAAGAGGUAAUGCCAGCACUUAGGAAAAUAUAUAUUUUUUUCCACAUAACCAGUAAGAGGACAAAUAAAAGGUUAGAUGUGAAUUGACUGAUUCUGGGCCCUAAAUAAACUUAGGGCAAAUGCCUUACCAAAUUGAGACAAUUAAAGGACACAUUUUAUUGGUAGUAUCAUUUAUGUAUAGAGUUUAAGGGAGGAAUGGAAAAACAAGUGUACUGUAAUGUAAAAUGUGUCAAUAUUUUAUUAUGUUUCUUUUUUCUUUUAUAAUAAGUCAAUUAUCUUCAUAGCUAUACUUCAGGUAGUUAGAAUUAGGAAUUGAUACUUUAGACCAGGUCUUGCCAACUAUGAACGUAUUCCACAUUUUCUCACCUUUUAUGUAGAGAUGCCAUACUACUUAUAGUCUCUCUUUUUCUAUAAAAGAAGAAAAGUAAUAAGUAUGUUUCUAUCAUUUUAAUUAGAUAUGAUAAGCUGGUUGUUGAUAAUGCUCGAGCAUUUAAUAAAAUGUUAUAUCCUCGUUAAUUCAAUGGACACGUUUAUUGGUAUAUGUUACAGCUAUGUUUUAUAUUUUAGUUUGCAUUAAAAUAAGCAGAAAUCUGCAUUUUGCUAAUAUAUUUUACGCAUUAAUCAAUUGCAGAAUGUUUUUCUAUUUUAUUUAGAGGUUUGUUGAUUUAAUACCACUGUUAAAUCUUUGUUAUUCUGUUUAAAAACAGUAUUUAGUACUUCAUUAAUUUGCUGUAAGGUGACCAUUAUUCCCAUGUAGGCAAUAGCUUGAACUCACACACAUUGCACUUAUUUAUUGUUCUAGUAAAGGGCUGUGCCUCUGUAUUUCUGAGUAUAUAUCCCCAUGAAAUCCUGUUAACUGUUCAAUCCAAAAUUAUGUUCCAGUGACAUAAAAAAUACGACCAUGCUUUUUUCACUUUUCUAAUGCAUAAUCAGUCCAAAAAACAAAAACAAAUCUGUAUUAUUAUUAUUGUUUUUAAUAGUUAUUUAAAAUGUCCAUAUUACAAUGGAUAUUGGUUCUAAAAAGUAGUAUCAUCCAAAUAAUUAAGUAUUUGUUGCAAGUUAUUUUGAAGACUUAAAGAGUAGCUGAAAUUAUUAUUUUUUUUAUUAUUCAGCAAAAUAUUAUUCCUCUAGCAAAUGUAAAGAUUAUAGAGCCAAGCAUUACAGUACACUUACUGCAUGGACAAUCUCCUAGAGCUAUGUCUCUCGCAUGCUUAUACACUGGUGAUGGCUCUCAAAUGUACUUUAUCUGGGUUUGAGCUUGCAACCUUUUAUUGACUUGCUUGUUUUUUUUUAAUGCCACAACACCCACAACAUUGGCAUUUUUCCAAAGAGAGAUGCAAUGUAGAGUUUCAAUAUUGCUGAGAUAGCCUGCUGUUGUUCCAGGCAAAUGGCUUUGAAAACUAAAUAUCCUUUUGAUAACUUAUGAGGCACAGUCUCAUAGAAGAAAAUAUGACUGCAGUUUUGGUGAAGAUUAGACAAGAUUUGUAGAAGGAUUAUUAAAAUUACAAGUCAGUUUUUGCUGACACUGUAUUGUACAUUAUCAUGGACAACAUUUAAAGAAAUUUUACAAAUGUUACUUUUCAAUGUGAUACUAUGACAUGUUUUACUAAUAUUAUCUCUCAGCUUCACCCUAAAAUAUUCAAACUAUUAUUUAUGGAGUUUUAGUUAUAAUUUUUUUUAAUUUUUUUCUGGUGUGUCACAUGCCGCCAUGCUUUGUUUCAGUAGACAAUUUAUUUUAAACUGCAGCAAUGUGUGAUAUGGUAGUCAUAGCAUCUAAUAAUUAUUUGUAAUUUACACUGCCUGGCCAAAAAAAAAAAAUUUGUAUAAUCUAAUAUUUCGUUGAACCACCUUCAGCUUUGAUUACGGCGUGCAUUCGUCGUGGCAUUGUUUCGACAACCUUAUACAACGUCGAAACAUUUAUUUCUAUCCAGACUUGCAUUCAUUUUUGGCUGAGAUCUUGUACUGAUGACGGGAGAGUCGAACCACUCCAUAAAAUGUUCUCCAGCACAUCCCAAAAAUUUUCAAUGGGGUGAAGGUCUCUCUGUGGAAAUCACCACUCCGUGGUGGCCAAUUCAUGUGUGGAAAUGAUUCCUGAUGCUCCCUGAACCACUCUUUCACAAUUUGAGCCCGAUGAAUCUUGGCAUUGUUGUCCUGGUAUAUUCCUGUGCUGUCAGUGAAGAAAAAAUCCAUUGAUGUGAUAACCUGGUCAUUCAGUACAUUCUGGUAGUCAGCUGACUUCAUUUUAUUGCCAUAUAAUGUUGCUGAGUCUAAACAUUACCAAUUGAAGCAACCCCAGAUCAUAACACUGCCUCCAGAGGCUUGUACAUUGGGCAAUAUUCAUGAUGGGGGCAUCGAUUCAUGCAAUUACCUUCUUACCCUGACACGCCCAUUGCUUUGGAAUAGGGUAAAUCUGGACUCAUCAGACUACAUGAGUUUUUUCAUUGCUCCACAGUCCAAUCUUAAUACUCCCUAGCAAACUGAAGUUGUUUUUUCAGAUAAACCUCACUAACAAGUGGCAUUCUUGUGGCCAAACAGCUGUUUAGUCCCAAUCCUGUAAAUUCUCGUCGCAUUGUGCAUGUGGAAAUGCUCUUACUUUCACUGUUAAAUUGAUUUGGGGUACUCAAGUUCGGGCUCGAAUCACAAGUCCAAUUUGAAAGGGCUUGGACUUGUCACAGACUCAGAUGCAUUUUUAUAGGACUUGAUUUCAACUAAUAUGUCAUGAAAUAGGCCAUAAUGUAAAUUGUAUAACUCAGUCCUUCAUAUAUUUGUAGCGCAACCUCUGUGUGUUACCUGUAAAGCUGGUGCUUGGGUUUCAAUGGUAAAUAAGUCCAAAUACAAUGAAGAACACAAGUGAGGGGACAAGUAUCUAUUCACCUAUUAUCCAUAUUAAAUAUAAUGUGAAAAGAAUGAAACGUCAGCCCAAGGUGAGUUUGAUCUAGACUUAAGGGAAGUAGGCUGCAACUGGACACAGCAGGAGGACUGAAAAGUGUGAAGUGUAGUAGUGUUGUAUGUAAAUAUUUUUUUUAAUGGUAACUGAUCUAAUCCCCAUCCAUUAAUUGGCUCUAUCACUCCACUCUCUCCUCUCCACCAAUAGCUGGUGUGGUGAUCGUAAUGGCGCACUAUGGCUGCCGUCGCAUCAUCCAGGUGGACACUGGUGGUGAUCGAGGAGAAUCCCCUGUUCACUGUGUACAGCACUUUAAGUGUAGUGUCAGAAAAGCACUAUUUAAAUGUAAUGUUCAUUUUCUGUUUUUAUAUUCUUUUGUUGUAUUUAAUUUUAUGGGCAUUAUUAGAUGUUUUAAACACAUUAAAUGUAUUUAAUUAAUUACAUUAAAUGUAUUUCACCCAUCAUUUUAGAUAAAACUAAAUUAAAUGGACAAAUUGAAAAUGAAAACUGAAAAUGAAAUAAUAACUGGUUGUAAUAACUAACACAGCUUUCACUUUCUUUGGUGUAUGUUUGAGU